AUGCCCUCUGACUCUGAUGAUGACGCCCUUUUCGCCUCUCUGGAAGAAGAAGACCAUGCAGGCUACCGGACUCAACGGAUCCAACAGCUCAACGCCGAGCUAGCCUCACAAAAAACCAACAGGGAUAUCUCAAAUGCAGGCGCCGGCGCCUCGCUGCUUUCCCGUGACAGCACAUACGUCCCCUCGAGAACGACCAGGCGGUGCUUGACUUCACUACCGAGACUUCGCGGAGAUGAUGACGACGAUGCGAAAGAGAAUGAGAGCGAGAGCGACGAUGGUGAAACCCGGCGCAGGGGAGGCCUUCCAAGACGUGCGAUUCGCAGCGGAAACACUGCCCUCCGCGGUCGAGGAGAGGAUGAGGACGAUGAUUGGGAUUAG